AGCGAAUUCAUAAUUAUAAGUGCAGUACACUCUGUAAGUAUGCGUUUUAGAACAAGCCUGUUUGUCAUGUAAGUAUGAAAUAGAUUGGUGUGACUCCCAAGAUCUAGUUUUCUGGCGUAAAACGCAGUCGCGCAUUCUUUGUGUUCAGGUGAUACGGCCGUAUAUUUCAAAACAAAUCUGCGCUAAGAGGAAAGUAUGUUGGCGCUUUGAAAGUUCUAUCAAACGUGUUUGGAUUCUGGACAAACAUGCCGACGCAGCCUUGCUGCAGGUCUUGGCAAAGGUUGUUGCCGGUUGUAUACAGUCAUAAAAGACAAUUACCGCUAUAACCGUUUAUGGGGUGCAAAGCGUUGGAAGGCGAGAGGACACAGAGCAAGAAAGAUGUUGAAAGCACGGCAGCUGAAACGUAAAAUACUGCAGCGUAUGUAUUUCUGUUGAGCGGGGAUAAAUUUACCAUUUGAAAUAUAAUCCAAUGAUGAACGUGCUAAGUAAAAUGGUUAACGAGCGCCCACCAAGUCGUACAUUUUAGGAUAGUGAUUGUGUGAAAUUUAAUUGCGCGCAUAUUCAUUCAUUUUAGGAAAACAUUUAAAUAAAAUAGUCCUCUAACACAUGGCCAUGAGAAAGCACAAACGCAAAUUGAAAUGGUCUUGUAACGCGCACUAAUAGAAUGUAGUGAUGUGUUGCGCUGCAGAUGGACAGAACUUCAAAGGUUUUUUUUUUUCCCAGAGACAGUGUAAUAAAACACUAGCGGCUCUUCUAUACAGUCUGGAAUUCCACUUUUAAUGAGUUUAUGACCGUCCAGACACAAUUAGGAAGUUUCCAGACCGAAGCACCCAUUUGUUGUUCUAUCGGCUUGCUCCUCGCACAAAAGGCCAGCGGAAAUAAUUCUCUUUAUUGGCGUCUUUGACUGCUGUGGUCUCAUGGAUGUCUCGCAAUCUCUUUGUCGUACCUGCUCUGGGAAAUUUAGGAAAUUGGAUUUUAAAAUGCUUAACAAAGGGUUUAUCAAGAUUAAAGCUGGUCGUACAGCAGCAGAAAUUACACAAUUCGGCUAUAUAUGUAAAUGUAAUAUAGCGCCAACGGUUACGGUUCGAAACCCGUUUUUGCGGUUUUGCAUAUUUUUUUCUUCUGCUACUUCAGUAGGCCUAUGUGCAAGACAAAUACGAGUAUGCGGUCUCCCGGCUUUUCCACACUGGUAUUUUGAGAACAGUCCAAUAGAUGGCAGUAGUGUUCCACCACAGUAUUAAUGAUGUAUGCAGCAGGUCUAUUUGGCAUAAUACUGAUGUAAUUAACUCCAUUAUCAUAAUUUUGGUACUGUACAUGAAAUGUUCCGCUUUUUUUCCCACAGUUUUCUCAGCAAAACGCGUUUGCGUUUUAUUAUUAUUGUUAUUAUUAUUAUUAUAGGGGAAUUUUGUUAAAGCAUCGUAGUAUUUUUCUGUAUGAAAGUAUAAUUCGUGUUAUAUAUCUUGCAGUUCAAAAUUCUCUUGCCCUUGAACGUUGUCUGUUAAUCUUUUAUUUGGCUUGUUUCCUUAAGUGUAUUUUCCCGCGCGAAGUAAAAACACAUACGUUAAAAAAAUACUUUUUUGUCUCGCACUACCUCUCUCAAGCUCCCGAUAGCAACAAGACUGCGUCUUAGUCUACUACCCUAUGCAACUGUAUUAGCAUUACUGGAACAGUCUGAUGGUUAAAACAACAGACCUGCAUAUACCCCAAUACAUAUAUCAGUUAGCUUUUGUAUACAGACAAUCGAACAAGCUAUCGAAUAAACGGCAAACGUUGUAGGCGUUAUGUAAAUUUUGCCAUCUGUGAUUAUAAUUUCAUUUUCAAUGCUCUGUUAGAAAAAUUGUUAUAUAAAUGGGUAAAUAUAAAUGUUCUCAAAAUAUAUUACUGUUAUUUUAGAAUUAUUUUACUGAUAAUACCGUAAUAUUCUCAAAAUGCCACUACACAAAUUACUUAAGUGAACCUGAAUAAUUUUACUGUUUAACUAAAAUUAUAAGAAAUUUAUUCUGUUCUGUACUUUAUUUAAGAGUUAAGCUAAUUAAGUAAUAAUAAUAUUAAAAUAAAAAUUCAGCUUUUAAAUAUGUCUGUGCGCAUGCACACCCACACACAUAAUAUUUCAUUUGCGUGUUCGUCAGAUUUCAUUGAGACUCUUGUUUCAUUCUUCUUUGUUUUAUCAUUGGUAGGUUUUUCAUUAAUACGUUUGAAAACAAUACACUCGUACAGUGGAUUGAAGUAUUUAGCGCAAAAACAAUAAAAAUCAAGAAAUUAGAUCAAGAAACAAGAAUCGUAUAAUGAAAGUAAAAGGGGUCGAAUGCUUACACUUAACGAAAACGAACUGAAUUAUCGUCGUCGCUAAACCAGGCCCAAAGAAAUAAAAAAUACGAAUGUGGCAGCGAUAAACCAAACUAAAAAUGUAAAUCAAUUACAUAAAUAUAAUUUUUAUUAGGCCAAAGUGAUUUUUUCCCUAUAUUUUUCAGUAGCCCUUCCUAGUUUUAGCACAGGAUAAUAAAUUAUGAAUACAAAUAAAAUACAAAAUUCAAUACAAGAUGAACAAGAAUAGUACUACCAAUUAGCCAAUAUUUUAAAAGUACAGGAAAUAAUUUGCUUCGAUGGGAUGACAGAAUUAAACGUAUUACAUUAUCUUAAUUCAUACAGAAUUUUGUGGCGCUGCGGUUUUCAAACGUACUGUUAACUUGUAACUUUGGCUUUAUAUAACACUUUGCUUCAAAAAAAAUAUACCUGAUAUGAAGAUAAUCAAUGGGUCUUUUGUGCGUGUGAUACACGGCAACAGCUUUCAGCAUAUUAUCCGCACAUUUUGCCUGCAAAAACAUACCUAUAACGAUAUCCUUGGAACUUCUAGGUCAUAUAAAUGUACAUGGAAUCUUUGGAAUUUCCCUUUGGAAUCUGGUUGGCUUAAAGCUGCUGGAACCUAUUAGUUUGAAUCGUUUGACGUAAAACAUCAACUAUUCAAUGUAACUGUAUCACUGAUAUGAUUCUGACUUGUAAAGGGGCGUGUGUAGGCUAUGUGUUUGUGGGCAAUAUUAACGAAUUUUUUUACUAGUGAUCCAGUCUCCUCCGCAGUUUGGAAAGGCCCUUGCCGAUUGGCUGCUGGAGUCACAGGAUGUGAUCACGUGAGUAAAUUUGCCUUGUUCUGGGGAAAAUGGGGCUUGGUGUAAAUCUGGGGUGUAAUGCUGUCAUUUAUCAGACUACCUCGUAAAAACGACACUGAGGAUUCUUGGCCAACAAAUCACGGAAAAAAUAUGAGUUCUUCGUAUUAUGAGGAUGGACUUUUUAAUAAGUAUACGGCGGGGAAUUCUCUUUUUCAAAACGGAGACCGGGUUCCGUACUCCCUGGCACCGAGUGGGGAGAGACCGACGUAUGGUCCGGGGACCGCAGCUUUCUCCUCUUCUCUGUCUGGACUUUACAAUGUAAAUAAUGCAAUCUACCAGAGUCACUCGAUGUUUACCUCCGGCUGUGGUCAGUGCCCGGAGGCCUACGGUUUGCGUGGAAACUCGUAUGACCAGAACCUCCUCUACAAUGACCCAACCAGAAGUAGCUGCGACAAGUCUGGUCCCGAGACCCUUAGCAUGCCAACAGAUAAACACUUCCGCAUGUAUCCUUGGAUGCGAGCUUCAGAUUCAGACCGAAAGCGAGGCCGGCAGACGUACUCUCGAUACCAGACUCUCGAGCUGGAAAAAGAAUUCCAUUUCAACCGGUAUUUGACCCGAAGACGGCGCAUUGAGAUUGCCCAUGCAUUAUGUCUCACAGAACGACAGAUCAAAAUCUGGUUCCAAAAUCGGAGGAUGAAAUGGAAGAAGGACCACAAGGAUAAUGGUCAGGUGGCUGGAUCCGUCGCCAAAGUCAUUGAAGAAGAGGAGAGUGAACCAGUAGCUUCUAUUAGCGUCCAGGCCACUGAAAAAGAAAAGGACAACGUCGUGGAAUUAGAGGACAACAAACAACACGUAUAAUUAUACGGCAAACAAGACGUUCUUAUUUAUGUAAAGCAUAUUUUGAAAGUAAUUUAUGUUCUCGUCUAUUACAUUAACUGGCACUCUUACAAUUGUAAUUCCUAUUUGAAACAUAAGCUAAAUGCUAUUCAGUUUGAGCCAAGACUUUUUUCAAAGCACUUUGAAAAACAAGCUACCUAUUGCGGUCCCUUAAAUUAAAAUAAGAGGGAUUCGAACCAAUACAAAUAUAUACUACCUAUUUAACGUUUACUCUAAUGUUUUAAUAGUUAAUAUUAUUCAUGAUACGAAAUUCUAGCCAGAGAGCAGUUCUAUGCAUGAACAUAAUACAGAGUUUUAUUAAAAUAAAACGGCAAAAUUAUUUAGGCUUGACGAAUAACUUCAAAAUUCUUUUAAAAGAUUUUUUAAUGCACAAGUUUUGUGAAACCCCGAGGGUCACGGGGUUAGGAAAUCGUGUUAUUGCAGGAAACAUGCCUUACAUUGCUUUAAAAUAGUGAGACUUGGUGAAAUAGCAUUGCUCGUUGAUUUCAAAGCUGCUUGCGUCAACUUACAUGUUUUAUUCAUUAAGCGCUGGAGUGCACAUUGUCAAAUGACCAGUGUUUGGAUUUGAAGUCCGUCACACACCUAUACAUGUCAGCAUGCCUUAGUCGUACAGUUAUCUAUGAUGUUGGUGUAUAUGCCUACCUCACAUAUUUAAUUUAGGACCACGUAAUUUAGAAAAACUGCUUAUAUAUAGUAAUCUUGUGUUAGGUGCACUUGUAAAUUUGCUUUGCGUAUCUGCUGUUACUAUGCGCAAAAUAUGGAACUUGUAGGUUUCCCACGAAUAUUCGGUAUUAAUUCUGCGUGUUAUCUUGUUCACAGUCUAGGUGUUCUUUUAAUGUAAUUAGGAUGGUAAUAUUCUCACCCGCAAAUCUCAUAACCGUAAAUACAUUUUGAAUCGCAUCAGAAAAAGGGCGAGCUGCCUUCUCUUGAAUAACUCCUGUUUCAGUCGCUGUAGCAUUGUUGUUAUAAUAUUUUGUAUCAGGAAAAAUAAAACCAUAGAUUAAAAUAAUACCAUCGAAACAGCAACGUUGUGUGUAUUCCGGUGAAGUCCGAAGUACUUCUACAUUUUUCUUUGGUUUUGUCAAGUUAUAUAUCAUAAUAAAUUGUUUUCAAACUUU